AUGGCGGCUGUGAGCUCCUCUCUCUGUGAGGAGCCGUUCCUCUGCUCCAUCUGUCUGGAGGUCUUCACUGAUCCAGUCACCACACCGUGUGGACACAGCUUCUGCAGCAUCUGCAUCAACAAACACUGGGACAACAGUGUCCACUGCAGCUGUCCCGUCUGUACACAGGACUUCAGCCCAAGACCACAGCUGAAAGAGCAGGGAGAGGACCAGCAGGCCACACUGAAGCUACAGAUUAAAGAUAGACGUGUGAAGGUCCAGGAGAUCCAGCGUUCAGUGGAGCAGAGUCAGAGAAAGGCAGACGCAGAAAUACAAGAAGGUCUCAGAGUCUUCAAGGCUUUGAUGGAGUGUGUUCAGCAGAGAGCAGACAGCUUCAAACAAAGCAUUGUAGAAAGGCAGCAGAAGGUGGAGGAGGAGGCCUCUCAGCUGAUAGAGCAGAUCCAGACAGAGAUCUCUGAGCUGGAGCAGAGAGGAGCUGAGAUGGAGCAGCUGUGGACCUCUGGAGACCACCUGCAUUUUGUCCAAACCUUCACUACAGUCAGACCUGCUCCACAACUCAGCGACUGGAGACAGAAGACUGUCAGGACCCCAUCAUACAAGGGGACAGGGGCCCAAGCUGUGUCUGAGCUGAGGAGCCAACUGAACACAGAGAUGGAGACAUUCUUUGAAGCAGAAUUAGAGAAAGUACCAGAGUUUGCAGCUGAGUCGUAUCCAGAGAAGGUGGGAGUGUUUGUGGAUCAUGAGCAAGGCCACGUGGCGGACGGCGAGCAGCAGAAGAAGGGAGGCGGGGCCGGGGAAAAGAGGCGGAGCUCUAGUCGCCCGUGGCGAUCUAAAGCCGACCACGAAGCUGCUCUGGCCGGGUACCACAGCGAGGGAGAAACACUGAAGGAGACGCAGGCCCCUCGCCCCCGACACAAACCCUCCUCCUUCUCCUCCUUCUCCUCCUUCUCCUCCUUCUCCUCGUCCACCAGUCGCCUGAGAGACUUCAGAGAGACCAUGAGCAACAUGAUCCACAGCCGCUCCCUCUCCAGCUCCUCCUCCUUCUCUGCUCCUGCGGCUCCUCCUGCCCAGACUCCCCCCACCUCCUCCUGCCCCCUGCAGGAGUGGGAGGACAGCACCAGCAGCGAGUCCAAGUCCAGACCCGCCUGGAGGCCCAAGAGAGAGGCCCUCAACAUCGACAGCAUCUUCACCCGCCACAGACAGGCAGGAUACAGCCCCCUGAGGCCCCUGAGGCCCCCAGGGGCCGAGGACUCUGCUGAGGCCCCGGAGCCCCUCAGAACCAGGACCCUGCCCCACAGCAGCCACAGAGGGAGGGCAGAGCUACCCCCUCCUCCCCCACCGCCCCCCAGGCUGAUCCAGCGCAUGGAGAGUGGCUACGAGAGCAGUGAGAGGAACAGCAACAGUCCGGUCAGUCUGGACCUCAGCCCCGCGGAGAGGGAAAGUACAAAGAAGGCGGGGCCCUGUGCUCCCUCCUCUGGGCCCUGUGCUCCCUCCUCUGGGCCCUGUGCGCCCUCCUCUGGGCCCUGUGCGCCCUCCUCUGGGCCCUGUGCUCCCUCCUCUGGGCCCUGUGCUCCCUCGGGGCCCUCAUGGAAGAGCAGUCGGUCCAAGAGCAGUGGAGCUCUCCUGCAGGACGUCAGCUCUCACUGGACAGCGCCCCCUGCAGGCCGCAGUGAGCUGGACGAGCUGCAGGAGGAGGUGCUGAGGAGAGCCACAGAGGAGGAGCAGCAGAGGAGGCAGGAGAAGGAGAAGGAGGCCGCGCUCGCCUUCAACCCACGCCCGAGUAAAUACAUGGACCUGGACCAACUUCAGAUACAAGUCAGUACCACAGCUCAGUCUCAGUCAGAACUGUUCAGUCAGUACCACAGCUCAGUCUCAGUCAGAACUGUUCAGUCAGUACCACAGCUCAGUCUCAGUCAGAACUGUUCAGUCAGUACCACAGCUCAGUCUCAGUCAGAACUGUUCAGUCAGUACCACAGCUCAGUCUCAGUCAGAACUGUUCAGUCAGUACCACAGCUCAGUCUCAGUCAGAACUGUUCUAGUCAGUACCACAGCUCAGUCUCAGUCAGAACUGUUCUAGUCAGUACCACAGCUCAGUCUCAGUUAGAACUGUUCAGUCAGUACCACAGCUCAGUCUCAGUCAGAACUGUUCAGUCAGUACCACAGCUCAGUCUCAGUCAGAACUGUUCAGUCAGUACCACAGCUCAGUCUCAGUCAGAACUGUUCAGUCAGUACCACAGCUCAGUCUCAGUCAGAACUGUUCUAGUCAGUACCACAGCUCAAUCUCAGUUAGAACUGUUCCAGUCAGUACCACAGCUCAGUCUCAGUCAGAACUGUUCAGUCAGUACCACAGCUCAGUCUCAGUCAGAACUGUUCAGUCAGUACCACAGCUCAGUCUCAGUCAGAACUGUUCAGUCAGUACCACAGCUCAGUCUCAGUCAGAACUGUUCUAGUCAGUACCACAGCUCAGUCUCAGUCAGAACUGUUCAGUCAGUACCACAGCUCAGUCUCAGUCAGAACUGUUCUAGUCAGUACCACAGCUCAGUCUCAGUUAGAACUGUUCAGUCAGUACCACAGCUCAGUCUCAGUCAGAACUGUUCAGUCAGUACCACAGCUCGGUCUCAGUCAGAACUGUUCCAGUCAGUACCACAGCUCAGUCUCAGUCAGAACUGUUCAGUCAGUACCACAGCUCGGUCUCAGUUAGAACUGUUCCAGUCAGUACCACAGCUCAGUCUCAGUCAGAACUGUUCAGUCAGUACCACAGCUCAGUCUCAGUCAGAACUGUUCCAGUCAGUACCACAGCUCAGUCUCAGUCAGAACUGUUCAGUCAGUACCACAGCUCAGUCUCAGUCAGAACUGUUCAGUCAGUACCACAGCUCAGUCUCAGUCAGAACUGUUCAUACCACAGCUCAGUCUCAGUCAGAACUGUUCAGUCAGUACCACAGCUCAGUCUCAGUCAGAACUGUUCCAGUCAGUACCACAGCUCAGUCUCAGUUAGAACUGUUCAGUCAGUACCACAGCUCAGUCUCAGUCAGAACUGUUCAGUCAGUACCACAGCUCGGUCUCAGUCAGAACUGUUCAGUCAGUACCACAGCUCAGUCUCAGUCAGAACUGUUCAGUCAGUACCACAGCUCAGUCUCAGUCAGAACUGUUCAGUCAGUACCACAGCUCAGUCUCAGUCAGAACUGUUCAGUCAGUACCACAGCUCGGUCUCAGUCAGAACUGUUCAGUCAGUACCACAGCUCAGUCUCAGUCAGAACUGUUCCAGUCAGUACCACAGCUCAGUCUCAGUCAGAACUGUUCAGUCAGUACCACAGCUCAGUCUCAGUCAGAACUGUUCUAGUCAGUACCACAGCUCGGUCUCAGUCAGAACUGUUCCAGUCAGUACCACAGCUCAGUCUCAGUCAGAACUGUUCCAGUAAAGGCGACCGCUUUGAACGGUGUGUGUCUGAGGCCGAGCUGCUCCUGGAUCAGUCUGUGAGUCUGGAGCAGGCGGGAGACGUGUCUGCAGCUCUGACCGCUGUCAACGAGGCCGUCUCUAAAGUGCUGUGUGCAGCGGCCGAGUCUGGAGCCGCAGCUCACACUCGGCUGCAGCGCUGCAUCAGGAGAGGCCGCAGCAUUCAGCAGCGCCUCACACUGCAGCAGCGCCACCUGCAGGCAGGCGGCAGCAGCACACAGCCGCAGCAGCGCCACCUACAGGCAGGCGGCAGCAGCACACAGCAGCAGAGGCACAGUGAAAAGUCUGUCCCGGUCCAAGUACUUCUGACAGAAGGACAGAGUGAGGAGCCAAUCAUCAACCUCGAUAAUCUGGAUCCAUCUCCAUCUCCACAUGAUCCACCUGCUGUCGCUGCUGAAGCGUGCCCCCCCAGGCCCCCCCCAGAGGAGAGGAAGCCUGCAGCGUAUUACCCCCGCUUUGGGAAACCUCUCAGUAACAGCCGCUCCCUCCCUGCUCUGUGCAAGGACCAGAGUGAGCAGGAGGAGGAUCAGUGUGUCCCCCUCUGGGCUCGCUCCACUCCUCUGUCCUCGUCCCACUCUGAGACUCCUGUUUAUACCAAAGGCACAGAGCAGCAUCAAUCACUACAUACUCUCUCCCUGUCAGACCCUCUCCCCAACCCUCUCACCAACCCUCUCACCAACCCAACCAGGAACUGGUCCUGUCUGCAGCUAAACAUGGAAGACCACCUGAAACCCCCUGUCAGCUCUCUGCCCUCCCCCUCCCUCACUCAGCCCUCCCCCUCCCUCACUCUGCCCUCCCCCUCCCUCACUCAGGCCUCCCCUUCCCUCACUCUGCCCUCCCCCUCCCUCACUCAGGCCUCUCCCUCCCUCACUCUGCCCUCCCCCCCCUCCCUCACUCAGGCCUCUCCCUCCCUCACUCUGCCCUCCCCCUCCCUCACUCAGGCCUCCCCCUCCCUCACUCUGCCCUCCCCCUCCCUCACUCAGGCCUCCCCUUCCCUCACUCUGCCCUCCCCCUCCCUCACUCAGGCCUCUCCCUCCCUCACUCUGCCCUCCCCCUCCCUCACUCAGGCCUCCCCCUCCCUCACUCUGCCCUCCCCCCUCCCUCACUCAGGCCUCUCCCUCCCUCACUCUGCCCUCCCCCUCCCUCACUCAGGCCUCCCCCUCCCUCACUCUGCCCUCCCCCUCCCUCACUCUGCCCUCCCCCUCCCUCACCCUGCCCUCCCCCUCCCUCACUCUGCCCUCCCCCUCCCUCACCCUGCCCUCCCCCUCCCUCCUCUGCCCUCCCCCCCCUCCCCUGCCCUCCCCCUCCCUCACUCUGCCCCCCCAGAAAAGGAGGAGCAGGAGGAGCAGGAGUUGUCGGAGCUGGACUGUCUGUACCAGGCCAGUCUGAGGGCCCCUCAGCAGGCCCCUCAGCAGGCCCCUCAGAAGGCCCCCAGCAGGACAGCCAUAAGAAGGUCUCUCUCAGGAUCAGGACGCUCCAAAACUCCCACUGCAGAGAUGGAGAAACAUGCUUACAGAAGUCCCUCUGUACUCAAGGUGGGGGGUGCAGACAGCUACAGUGCAGACAACAUGAGGAGACUCGCCCACAGUCUGAGUGGGACGGCCAUCGGACCCCAGACCUCUGACCCCCCACUGCCCAAACCCCCCCUCAGACAGCUGUCUGCCUCCACGCUGCCUCGCCGGCCCAGCUCCUCCUCCGUGCACAACCCUACUCCUCCCCGAUCCACAGAGCACCUCCAGCACCUGUACCCCCCCUCACUCCCCCCGCACCAUCAGCCGUCACGGACCCCCACCACAGGUACCAGCCACAGCCCACACCAGCAACACAGACACCAGCAGCUGACCCACACCAGCAACACAGACACCAGCAGCUGA